AUGGUAGCUGAAGAGACACCUGCCUCGAAAUACAGCACUUCCGUGGUUCCCGAGUCUCCAGGAAAUCCAGAAGGAAAUAGCAAUAUCUCCGGCACCACAUUCUUACCACAAGACUCGUCGCUUGAAGACGAUGAGACCGAUCCCGUCGUCCUUGUUGAUGAACUUUCUGAUCUUCAGUCUGCUGCCACCCGGUUGAUGGACCUGUUUGUCUCUGAUGCUUCCGACCCUCGGAACGUUGUUGAGGCUGCGAAGCGACUCACCGAUCCGCGAAACACUCAAAGCAAACGCUUGAAACCUGCCACUAACAAGCUCAUCAGUGCAAUGAAGUCUUUCAGCAGACAAGCCUUUAUUGAUGUUUCAGAAAUUAAGAAACUGAUUCCGUCGGUGCAGCCCGAAGACACUGCCCAACCAUGGAGUCCAUCGCCAAUUUUGUAUCAAGCCAACUGUGCGCGACUGGCUCUGGAUGUGCUUCUUGCAACUCUUGGCUCCCAGUCUCCUCGAGAAGCGAUCGAAAGACUGGAGAGCCGGUUUCCGGCCCCGUUCAUGGAUGCCAUUGUCAGAAGGCCUCAGUCUAAGCCCAUCGGAGCGAGCACUGCCGAAAAGCAGACCUUUGAGCUUGCGCUUGAAAUCCGUACACAGUAUUUUAUCAUGGAGCUAGAAAGGCGUCAGAAUGAGAAAGACUUUGACCCGCGCGCAAUUCUGAAUGGAGUCUUCUAUAAUGAGCUGGCUCUUGAAGACGUCGAUUCCAAGCUUGAGCCUGGCUACCUCCGGGGAUUUAAGCUCAUGGAUAUCUUUGAGGACGAAAAUGGAUGCCUCCCUGAUCGCUUCCAUGAUGAUGUGAUUGAUCGUAUGGGCGAACUGGAGUACGACCUGCUGGCUCAGGAUCAGUCUCCUCAAAUCCAAGAUCUGAAACGAAUAUCCUGGACACGUUUUGUCCAACGUACCGCGCGCUUUAUCUAUACACGACUCAAAGAAAUCAAAUCAGACUUGCUACAACAACCCAAGUUGGAUGAAGUCCACGACUUGUUGAUCGAGGAGAUUGAGCGUCGCGAGAAUAGGGAUCCUGAAACCCCCGAGCCUCGCGAGUCAGUUGUUCCUGCCUCGGUUGAACACGCAGUGCAUGAGUCUCCAGCGGUCCAGAACCACCAGACUCCCCGUGAGACAUCAAUUACCGCGUCGCCAGAGCGAACAAGGCAACCUCUGGGCGAGACCAAUUUGCCCCCUCCCAGCCCUAUCGAUCACCUCGCAAAGAAAUCACAUAAGACUUCGGAACGGCGCGAAUCCGCCAAAAUGUAUGUUUCAGCUCUUGCCCAAAUUCGCGUAGCACCUUUCUAA